UUUCCCCCGUAUAUCAAUAAAAGUAUCGGCCUGCUCAAUCCAGUAUUGGUCUGGGUGUAGAUCAAGCUAUUUGCUGCUUUCCCUUGAUGUUUGUGAUCUUGUUAAUGUUUUUUUCACGACUGUCUCAGAACUUGACCCGGCUCUAUCUCGACAAGGCGACCUUGGUGUGGAAUGGGAAUGCUGUGUCUGGAAACGAUGCUCUGGCGGAUUUCUUCGAUUCAUUGCCUUCAAGCGAGUUCCAAGUUCAAACACUGGAUUGUCAGCCAGUUCACGAACAAGCAACCCAGGGUCAGACUACACUGCUCGUGGUGACUGGUGGGACUGUCAAAUUUGAAGGGAACAAACAGCGUUUCUUCAACCAGAACUUUCUUUUAACAGCUCAGGCAACACCCAACAAUGACCAGCCUGUUUGGAAGAUUGCUAGUGAUUGUUUCCGGUUUCAAGACUGGAGCAGCUGAGGCUCUCCCCAUCAAAACAAUCAACAACAUUAAUGUAGAUGCUUUUUGUUUAUAUCUCUGUAAUAAAAUGUCAUACACCACAAAAUAUACAAAAAAAUGUUUAUUCUUGAACAAGGCAUGUGAUCAUAAUAAUGGAGUAAUAAAUACAAACAGGAUCACCAAACUGUAGAGACGGUCAGUGUCCAUAACAUAUUUUAAUGAUGCAAAUACAAUUACACGACAACACUUUGAAAAAUACAUAGAAAACACUCAUUUAAAAUGAACAGACUCCACUUCGGAUAACCUUCUGAUACCAAAUUGUACAUUAACUGAGGUAAAAGACACACAGUAUUAUAGACACUUCCUGACUAGCUAAUGCUAGCAGUUGGUUUGGAGACAAGCAUGCCUGCUCUUAAAUAAAUAAGGUGCCCACAAGAAAUUCAACAAAAGAGCUUUGUAUACAAGUAACCCAUUUUUUUGACAGUUCAUAUAUUAAAGCAUUUGCUUAGCUUCCUGAGUCAUUUGUGUUCACACAUGUAGGUCUGACUUAUUGAAUAAGUUGACACAAAUAAAAUAAAUAAAACAUUGGACAGGAAAAAAAAUAGUUGAUAAGCAGACAUGAUCACAUGUAUGGUUUAUGUAUGAUCCAUGUCGGAGUAUCUGUGUGGGAAUAUAUUUCCCCAGUUAAGCCAUUUUUGUAACAAAGCACAAACCUAUUUGUUUGAAUAAUUUAGCUGACACUUCUGCGUGACUACACGAGUACUGCAGAGUGAAGGCACAGUAACAUUAGUACUCCAAAACAGGAAAAAAAAAGCCUCGUGAUGAUAAAAGUUGUUCAUAUUUUCAAACAAAAGUAAC